AUGAGUAACGACAAGAGAAAAAGUCUUGUAGAUACUUCUCUUGUUGAUAAUGAAGGUGUUAAGGCAAAAGCUGCAUGGGAUGUGAAAGUCACCGAGAUGUUUGUUAAAUUAUGCUUGGAUCAAGUUUAUAAAGGAGAACGAAAUGGUACUAACCUUACAAAAAAAGGGUGGAAAUUCGUUGAAUCUGAAUUCAACAUGAAAAGUGGAAGAAAAUAUGGCAAGAGUCAAUUUAGAAACAAAUGGGAUAAUCUUAAGAAGGAAUGGUCAAUAUGGUACAAGUUGUUUGGAAAAGAAACAGGUUUAGGAUGGGAUAAUGUAAGGAAUACAGUAGAUGCUUUAGACGAGUGGUGGGAUAAAAAGCAAAUGGAAAAUCCACUUUAUGGAAAAUUUAUAUAUAAAGGACUUGCUUUUGCCAAUGAUUUAACUACAUUAUUCAAGGAUGUGGUGGCUAAUGGAAAAUUCAGUUGGGUACCUUCUUUUGGGAUAUUACCUAAUGAUAUAGGUGAAGAUGAUGUAUAUCGUCCAUGCUUUGAGAGUGGUGAUAUAGAGGAAGGAUCAGGAGAUAGUGAAGAAAUUAUACCCACUAGUGCUGGAAUGAGUUCUGAAUUGCGAAAUAUUAAUUUAAGCACUUCUGAAGGAAGCAAUAGUGAAAGAAGCAUUGGCAAGAGGAAAAGGGUUGGAGCUUCUGAAAAAAAUGAAAGUAAAAAUGUGAAAGCUCCUGCCUCAAAAAAAAUAGCUGAAGCAAUAAGUAGAAUUGCAUCUACAUCUGAGUCACGUUCAAAUGCUCUAAACACACUAGUAGUACUUGGCACAUCAAUUCCUGAAGUGAUGGAUGAACUUGACAAAAUAAUAGAAAUUACAAGUGAUGACGAUUGGCAUGCCAGAUGCUCUCAACUUAUGUUAUCCAAGUCUGCUAGAGAAAUGUUUGUAGCUUUAAAAGGACAUAAACAAAGGCUGUUGGGUUGGCUAAAGUAUGCAGCUUAUAAUGCAUUACCAUCCAUGAAAAGUUAG